AUGUCUCUUUCAACUCGCUCAAAUGCCGUCCUCGCCGCCAGCAGCGGCAGCAUCAUGUGGGAGGUCAUGGCCAACCUCUAUGACCCCGUCACCAACCCCACCGGCUACUACAGCGUCGGCGUCGCUGAGAACGUGCUCAUGCACGAUGAGCUCCUCGCCCAUAUCCACGACCACUUCCGCCUCACCUCUAAGUAUCUGACCUACAACGACGGUGCGUCCGGCUCCAAGCGCCUCAAAACCGCCAUGGCCCGGUUCCUCACCCAGCACCUACACCCAACCCGUCCGCUGGACCCUGGCCAUCUCCUCCUCACCAACGGAGUAUCCGCAGCCGUCGAGCAUCUCUCCUGGGCGCUCGCAGACGCCGGUGAAGGCAUCCUCCUUGGCCGGCCAUAUUACGGCACCUUCAUUGCGGAUAUCGGCCUGCGCUUCGGGACGGAGGUCGUGGCUGUGGACUUCCAGGGCCAGGACCCGUUGGGUACGACCUGCGUCGACGCAUAUCGGCGCGCGAUGACGGAUUUCACGGCGCGGACAGGGAAGAAAGUGCGCGCACUGUUGCUCUGUCAUCCGCACAAUCCGCUGGGGCGGUGCUAUCCGCGGUCGGUGAUCAUCGAGCUCAUGCGACUGUGCCAGGAGCACAGGAUGCAUUUCAUCAGCGACGAGAUCUACGCGCUGUCUAUCUGGGGCUCAACAGACGCAGGUACAGGGUUUGAGUCUGCCCUCUCCAUCGAUACGACGGGGAUCAUCGACGCCGACCGCGUGCAUGUCCUCUGGGGUAUGAGCAAGGACUUCGGCGCAAACGGACUACGGCUGGGCGCGAUCAUCUCGACCAACGACCGUGUGCGUGCCGGCGUCGACAGCGCUGCGCUCUACUCGUACGUUGCUGGUCCCUCCGACCACAUCUCUGCGAGUGUCCUCGAGGAUGACGCCUUUACCGCCGCGUACAUCCACGCCAACAACGAGAAGCUCGCCGCGGCGUACGAGUACACGGUCCAGCUCCUAGAGCAGCACAAUAUUCCCUACAUGGCGGGCACAAACGCCGGGUUCUUCAUCUGGGUGGACUUGGGCACGCCUUUCCUACAGCGGCACCCGGAGGCAGUGCAUGUGAAUGUCAGUGACGAGGUCAUGCAGCGACUGUUGAAGGAGCGGGUGUUCCUGGCGUCUGGGGCCCUGUUUGGAUCGGAGACGCCUGGAUGGUUCCGCAUCGUCUUUGCGCAUCCGCGGGACUACCUGGCCGAGGCGCUGCGGCGGGUGGUGGCUGCCAUUGAAUAG